AUGCCAGAACAAAAUUCAUUUCCGUCUGGUACCUCUACUACUGCAAAUGUAUAUCCAUUAGUGAUACAACAAGCUGAAAGAGAAGAUUCUGAAGAAGGUUAUGAUUGUUGCUGUUGUUUAGAUAGUUUUAAAUUUAAACGAACUUUAAAAGCUAUAUUAUAUGGUCAAGUAUUAUCUCUUUGUUUAUGUGGAACUGGUAUUGGAUCACAAUAUUUAAGUGAAUUUAAAGUUAAUACUCCAAUGACACAAUCAUUUUUAAAUUAUUUUUUUCUAUCAUUUAUUUAUGGAUUAAGUCUUAUUUUUAGUGAUGGAACAGAAUCUUUUUUUGAACUUAUAAAAGAUCGAGGAUGGAAAUAUUUAUUAUUAGCAAUUAUAGAUGUAGAAGCAAAUUAUUUAGUUGUUUGGGCAUAUCAAUUUACAAAUUUAACAUCAAUUCAAUUAUUAGAUUGUUCUGUAAUUCCAUUUGUUAUGAUAUUUUCAUAUCUUUUUUUACGUGUACGUUAUCUUACUUUUCAUAUAGUAGGAGUAACUUUUUGUCUUUUGGGUAUAAUUUUUCUUAUUUGGGCAGAUAUAUUGGAAAAUAAGGAUAAUUCUUCACAAGUAUCUAAUAAAUUUUUAGGAGAUUUUUUGUGUAUUGCUUCAUCUGCACUUUAUGCAUUAUCCAAUACAGGGGAAGAAAAGCUUGUAAAAAAUUAUAGUCGAAAAGAAUAUCUUGGAUUAGUUGGUAUUAUAGGGUAUAAUUUAGCUGAAAUUAAUUGGACAUGGAAAGUUGUUGGAAUGUAUUUAUUAUAUUCAAUUUCAAUGUUUAUAUUUUAUUCAAUGGUUUCUAUUGUAUUACAAAAAACAUCCGCAUUAAUGUUUAAUUUAUCUAUUUUAACAGCAGAUUUUUAUUCAUUGAUAGCAGGAAUAUUUCUUUUUAAUUAUCAAUUUCAUAUAUUAUAUUUUGUAUCUUUUGCUGUAGUUAUAUUUGGAAGUAUAAUAUAUUCAAUAAAAGAAACAGAAAUUGCAGAGAUUUAUGUAAUUUACCAUGUCGACGAAAUAAAUCUAUAA